UCCUUCCGUCUACCUCCUAUUUCCACAAACAUGAUAGCCUUGGUGUGCACAUAUCUCGUACUCAAUUAGCCUGCAGGAAGAGAUGACUCACUUCAAUGUGAUUCUUUCGUGUGAGAUCAAGGAAAUGACACGGCUGUGUAAGGAGACAUCGAUUUCUCAGCAACCAGAUUAUUCAUCCCAGGGAUUACAUGCUGACGGCGCAUCACGUCGCAAUAAUACACGAGCAGACAAACAACUCUGAAAAUCAGGCAUGAAUAUGUAUAAGAUUGCUCCAAGAGCUCGUGCAUAUGGGUAUCCAACCAUUAAGCAAGAUCGCCGAACUUCAUCUUACGAUGCCUCACGCAGUACAAGACGUCGAAGUACGCUCCUCGCGUCAACAAGGGCGUCAAAAAUCAAAGGCCAGAUCGCUGCCGCGCGAGCUAUUACAGCUCACUGCCCAGCUCCUUGACUUACAAGAUCUGUACGCUCAAUCGCAGCUGUCUCAGGCCGUGAACCAACAGGUACACAUAAUCGCCAAAGCUGGUACACCAAUCGCCCGCAUCGUCUCCCUAGGUCUUGGGAGUCUCUUCGUGACAAAGGGUCAAUCUCGACGCCUGAAACAACUUGCCGUUCUACUAGCCGUCCGCGAUCACAUCCAAAAAGAGCAGAACGAACCGAUAGAGGUCUAUGCGCAAGAUCCCAACUUCACACGACCCGACGAGAACUUGCUCAUGUCACUCGGCAUCCAAAUACUGUGUACACCCUCUGGAUCCGACCUCGGCGAGGCAACGUCGUUCAUCACACCAGACACCCUCGUCUACUCCCCUUUCCUGACCUUGGAAGCAUACGAGCAGCUCAUCCUAAGAUACGGACGAGGGCUGCAGUAUCUCAUCGGUGAUGACUUCGAUGCGCUAUUACGGAAGUGGCCGAAGCGCAGCGCUGAGCGGAAGCAGGUCGAGGGGGUUGUGAAGACCGGAUUGUCGAAGUAUCGGAGGAAGACGGUGGCUGGGGAGGGUUUCUGGACGGUGGAAGAUGAGACAUUUCCUAUGGCUGUCUAUACCAGGACAGGGUUGGAGCUUGGUAAGCUCAAAGCUAGAAUCUAAUGGCAAAACGCGAUGUUGCUG